CAACAACAGCAACAGCAACAAAAAGAAGUCAGUCCACAUAUAUUACAAAUUGAAAAACUAAAGAAAAAAGUCUGAAAACCAGCCGCCAGUCGUGUGUUUGUUGGUGUAUGGUUCGUCUUUCUUGUUGAACCAUGUUUCAAGUUUAAAGAUAUUUGCCUCGUGCCAAUGGUGGUGGUUCGUCGUCUUCUUCCCCAGCCAUCAACCUUAGUCAGUCAGUCAGUCAGUCAGUACGAUCCGUUGUGUUUAGAUCGACCAAUCAUCUUAAUUGAAUGAAGAUUUUUUUUGUUUGUUUCGUGUGUUUUUUUGUUGUUGUUAGGUUCCAAAAUCUCUAGAUUGGCUAAAUAGAAAAUCGGGCAUCUGUCAUUUAUUUAUAUGAAUAUUUUUCGGGUAUAAAAAUGAAUCCCGAGCAAACAAAAAUUCGACCUGAUAACCUGAAACAGACGACAACUGCGACCGACCGACCGACAGACCGAAAUUGAAUCAAAUUGAUAUUAAAAGUCAACUAUUUUUUUCUGGUUCCCCAUCAAAAUGAUAUAACCUUCAUAUAUUGUGUUUGUGUGUGUGUGUGUGUUUGUUCUAUAUAUGAGCCCAUGGCCCUAGGGACCAAAACGACAAAAAAAACGUGCAUGGUUUUUGACACAUGCCGACUUUUAUUUUCACACACGCACACGCAACAUACAAUAACGACAAUAACAACAACAACAUACAUAUUUGUGUUCACGUGACCUCGUCGGGCACUUGAUUGCUUUUUAUGAUUAUUGCAUUUUGCAUGUGGAUCAAUGUUGGUUGUUGUUUCAUUUUAUCGGAUACAAGUGCGGCUAAUAUUAAUUAUUAUAUAUCAGAAAAGAGAAAAAACUUUGGUUCGACCCACUUGAUUUGACAAUUUCAAUUGUGUGUGCGCGUUUGGAAACAACAAAACAGACAAACAAAAACAAUAUUCAGCUAGUCAUCGGUGAAAUGAACGACGACCGAGCUGAAAGAUGAUAUAAAAGCUGUUUGAAAUUUUCGGAAAAAUUUUCAAAAUUUUCUCCACAAUAACAACGGAUAUGAUGAGGCCGUUUAGAUUUGGAAAUUUUGUUUUACCUUGCCAACAAUCAUCAAAUAAUGCUGUCGAUGGUGAUUCAACGAUGGCUUCGAAUAUUUUCAAUUAUAAACAAAUUUUAAUUACAACAGCAAGACUUUUUAUUGCCAUUUGUUUUGUGUUGUGUUUAUAUUUUUUAAUUGUUUGUAUUCAAACACAUCACGAACACAAUGAUCAUCAUCAUUUCAAGGAAAAAUUUUCAUUAAAUAAUUUCCAAUAUAAUCCAAAUGAACCAGACAGAUUGAUGAUGAAAAUGACUUCGAAUGAAUUGAAUCGAAGACAACCAAAAUCAAUAAAAUUAUCACGAAUGUUACAGGCAUAUCAAAAACAACAACAUGAUGACAAUUUUGACCCAGAAAAUGAUGGUCAAGAUGAUCAGGAAGAAAUUCAUUCAAAUAAGUUUACAACAACAACGUCACCAACAGUAUUUGAUAGCCACUAAAACAAAUGUUAUGGCCAAUGAUAAUCAUUAUAAUGAUGAUAAUAAUAAUUAUUCUGAUUGUGGUUAUCAUAUAGCAUUCAUAUUGAUUGAACGUGAUUUGUUUGCAACAAAAUCAAUGUUAAAAUUUAGCAAUACAUUGAAAUCAAUAUUGAUCAAUAUUAAUUCUACCGGUCUGGAUCCUGGUUCACUUUGUAUACAUCUUAUUACCAAUGACCAUAUACGGUCACAUCUUUUACAUACAAUCGAUAAUGUACAUGAAGAAUUAACACGUCAAUGGACAAAUGAACCAUAUCCAUGGCUAGAUAAUCAUCGAUCAUCAUUGAAUAAUCAUAAUGAACAUCGUCCAUUAACUAGAUAUUUUUUUAUUGAUUCAUCUACCAUUGAAUUACAACUAGAAUAUCUUUUGCCAACAUUACGAACAUUUUUUACACAUAAACCCACUUCUUAUUAUUCAAAUGCAUUGUUUUUUUAUUCAAUAAUUCUACAUCAAGUGAUUCCAUCGACAAUUGCUGAUCGUAUCAUUCUGUUGGAUAUUGAUGUACAAUUAGAUGGUAAUAUUCUGGAAUUAUUCGAAGAAUUUGGCCGUUUUAAACCAGAUGAAGUGAUUGGCAUUGCAUUAGAACAGCAACCAGUGUAUCGACAUAUUUUACAUGAAUAUCGUCGUUCAAAUAACAACACUAUUGUCGGUUCACCACCACCAAACGGAUUUCCCGGUUUUAAUUCCGGUAUCGUAUUACUACAUCUACGUAAAAUGCGUGAAUCAAAAUUAUACAAUUCACUGUUGAAUCAAGAUGUAAUAAAACAUAUCUGCCAAAAAUAUCAAUUUCGUGGACAUUUGGGUGAUCAAGAUUUCUAUACAGUAACAGCCAUUGAUCAUCGUCGAUUAUAUCAUACAUUGUCAUGUGGUUGGAAUCGUCAACUAUGUCAAUGGUGGCGUUUUCAUGGCUAUGGAAAAGUAUUCGAUGAUUAUCAUCGUUGUGAGCAGCCAAUUAUGCUUUAUCAUGGCAAUUGUAAUUCAGCAUUACCAACAUUAACCUAUUAUGGUGCAUAUCGUCGUCGUUAAGAUGAUAAUUGUUCAAUCUCAAUUUUUCAUUUUUUUUUCUCAUUCGUGACUUUUUGUUUUUGAUCUCACAAGUCACAAGAAUUGCGAUGAAUGAAUGUGAUAUUCUUAUUUACGUUUUUUACAUUUUUUUU